ACGGCCGUUAUUACGCUCAGGCGUCUCGGCGGGCGAUUUAAAACCAACUCUGGAGACGCGGAGGACAAGAUGGGACCUCCUUGGCCCGCCACAAUGAAGAACUCUCCUUCAGGGACCCGUGAAUGCCACCACAGCACCUCCUCACCCUCAGAGCAGGUGUUCUCCAUGGCCCUGCCCAGGAAGGCCCCUCUCAAUACUCCUGGCACCCCAGUCCUUGAAGACUUUCCUCAGAAUGACGACGAGAAGGAGCGGCUGCAGCGGAGGCGCUCCAGGGUCUUUGACCUGCAGUUCAGCACUGACUCGCCUCAUUUGCUGGCCUCCCCCUCCAGUAGGAAUGUUGAUGUUUCAGCUACGAUUCCUAAGUUUACAAACACGCAGAUUACUGAGCAUUACUCCACCUGUAUCAAACUGUCUGCUGAAAACAAAAUCACCACCAAGAAUGCUUUUGGCUUGCACUUGAUUGAUUUUAUGUCAGAGAUUCUUAAACAGAAAGAUGCCGAACCGACCAACUUUAAAGUGGCUGCCGGCACUCUGGAUGCCAGCACCAAGAUCUAUGCUGUGCGCGUAGAUGCCGUCCAUGCUGAUGUAUACAGAGUCCUUGGUGGGCUGGGCAAGGAUGCACCAUCUCCGGAAGAAGAAGAGGGCCAUGGUGCAGAUGGAAGUGCAACCGAAACAGGAACAACCAAGAAGGCUCCAAAGCCAAGGAAGAAGCACUUGUACAAAACCAUCGAGCCGAAUAUAAACAACCUCAACGUCUCCGAAGCAGAUCGAAAGUGUGAGAUUGAUCCCAUGUUCCAGAAGACAGCAGCCUCGUUUGAUGAGUGCAGUACAGCAGGGGUGUUUCUCUCCACCCUCCACUGCCACGACUAUAGAAGUGAGCUGCUCUUUCCCUCCGAUGUCCAGACUCUCUCCACUGGAGAACCUCUUGACUUGCCGGAUUUAGGUUGGGUGGAAAUGACCGAUUUAAAAGCACCCCUGCAGCAGUGUGUGGAAGACCGUCAGAUCUGCCCUUCCCUGGCGGGGUUCCAGUUCACUAAAUGGGACAGUGAAACACAUAAUGAGUCCGUGUCGGCCCUGGUGGACAAGUUUAAGAAGAACGAUCAGGUGUUUGACAUCAAUGCCGAGGUGGAGGAGAGCGACUGCGGGGACUUCCCUAUUGGGGCCUUGGAGGACGACUUUGAUGCCAAUGAUGAACCGGACUACACCGCAGUUGGGGACCACACCGCAGCUGGGGAUCACACCAAGUUCGGGAGCUGGAAGGAGCCCUGCCAUGUUCAGAGCUGCCAAGAAGAAAUGACUCCCCUCGGGGAUGGAGACGUUUGGAGCUUGUGUCCCCUUCUAUCCAUGAAACCUGGAGAGUAUUCCUACUUUAGCCCCCGAACCAUGUCGAUGUGGGCUGGCCCGGAGCACUGGCGCUUUAGACUCCGGCACAAACAAGAUACUACCUCGCACUCAGAGAACAGAAAGAAGACCACAAAGAAGGAUUUUGAAAUCGACUUUGACGAUGAUAUUGACUUUGAUGUAUAUUUUCGAAAAACAAAGGCUGCUACUGUUCUGACCAAGUCCACUUUGGAGAACCAGAAUUGGAGAGCCACAACUCUUCCUACAGAUUUCCACUAUGAGACUGAAAAUCUUGUCCAGCUGCAUCUCAAACCAGGCACCAGGUUACUUAAGAUGGCCCAAGGCCAGAGAGCAGGGACCGAGCAUUGUGAAGAAAUUGACGACUAUGAUUACAACAACCCUAAUGACACCUCCAACUUCUGCCCUGGAUCACAGGCUGCUGACAGUGACUAUGAAGAGUCAGAUGACUUAUUUGUGGGACCAGGUGGGACCUUUGACCAUUCUGGCCAUCCACCUACGACAACACAAGACAGCGAUGACGCGCCUGAAGUCCAAGGAUUAGAUAUCGCCACUUACGGGGAGUCAAAUCUGGUAGCUGAGCCCCAGAAGGUAAAUAAAAUUGAAAUUCAGUAUGCUAAGGCUGCCAAAAAGAUGGACAUGAAGAAGUUGAAGCAGAGCAUGUGGAGUUUGCUGAUGGAGAUCCCCAAGCAGGCGGAUGCAGAGGCAAACCACAGAGAAAAUGGAGAAGCAGGGGACCCAGUACAGGUGGCUGACAAGAAGCUCAGUGGGCUCACAAAGGACCUGCAGAAGAGCCUGCCUCCCCUUAUGGCUCAGAACCUCUCCAUACCUCUGGCCUUUGCAUGUCUGCUACAUUUAGCCAAUGAAAAGGUGGGUAAAUCUGGUAAGCGUGGGCGUGUUCUCUGUGCCAACCUGCUGGAGCUUUCUGUCACUCAUGAGCGGCCUCAUAGGACACCUUAAAUACAGCAACUUAUGUGGUACCUUCAACCCACAGGAUUAACCAGACACCUAAAAGUAACUUAUAAAAAGGCCAACAGGUAUGAUUAGAAAUGAAAAUUAUGAGGAGGACCCAAAUGGGAAAAUUUUAGAUGCUGAAAUUGUGAUCUUUCAGUUCCCAACUUGAAACAUAAGGUGCUUUUGCAUCACUGGGUGUCAAAGGCUUUAAAGGCCAAAUCCUGCCAGUGCUAACGUCAGGACACGUGGGAAACGUGGCGGAGAAAAGAGGGGAGAGAUGAGGCUGGAUGGAAACAGACUUAGGGAGAGAGCAGAGACGUAGAGGCAGCGCCAGCAAUGCUGAGCCGCCAUGGGCUAUGAAGGAUGUCUCGGGACUAGAGAUGUCUUUUGCAGGAGGGAGACAGCAGGAGUGCUGACUGUGACAGUGUGCCGGCUCCUCCUUGUGCCCGGCCAGCUGACGGCUGAGCGGCUGUGGGGCAGUCACUGAGCAGCAGGCGAGACCCAUCUUCUCAGGGGCUGGUGGCACUCCCGCUUCCCGGGAGGCACCCCAGCGAGGCAGCCAGCAAGCCCAUGCGUUUGGUGCUGCCUGAGACUUGGUGUCCUUUAGUGUCCCCAGGACUGUGGGCUGGGCUGUAGCAUAUGCCGUGAGCAUCUCUAGUGCUGGGGCUAGACACGUUCAAAGUAACACUGCUAAGCUUUUUGUUGUUGUUGUUAUAAAUUUAUUUUUUAUUUUUAUUUUUGGCUGCAUUGGGCCUUCGUUGCUGCACGCGGGCUUUCUCUAGUUGCGCAAGUGGGGGUUACUCUUCCUUGCGGUGCGUGGGCUACUCAUUGUGGUUUCUUGUCUUGUUGCAGAGCAUGGGCUCUAGGUGUGCGGGUUUCAGUCGUUGUGGAGCACGGGCUCAGUAGUUGUGGCUCGCAGGCUCAGUAGUUUCGAGGCACAGGCUUAGUUGUUCUGCGGCAUGUGGGAUCUUCCCAGACCAGGGCUUGAACCCGUGUCCCCUGCCUUGGCAGGCGGAUUCUUAACUACUGCGCCACCAGGGUAGUCCCUGCUAAGCUUUUCUGAGUGAGGUUGGAAUCUCACAGCAUCCUAGUGGGCGUAGGUGGUGGUGGACUCUCCCACUGGGUGUGUUCCCCUAGCCCGCGCAGUCCCCUAAAAUGUCGGGUGCCACCAAAGCUCAGAAACUUACCCUGAGUCCAAAUUCUAUGUGUUAGUGACUUCACUCAGUCGCAGCAGCUGGAGGAUCAGUGCUGCCCUGGGCCGCGUGUCUCUGCUGUGAGAGAGCAGCUUCAGCGCCUCCGCUCGGUUCCCAGUAGACUGGGGCCAAGCAGACACACGGCUGGAAAGCAUGAGGGACUCCAGGCUUCACUGAGGUCCAUGUGCUCUGGCUCUGGCACCACCCUGCCUCCCCAAGCGGCAGAGCCAGCUUCUCUUGCUUUGCUGCGACCAAAUCUCUCUAAGGGGCCCCAGGGAGCUCAGCAUUUGAAGAAUCAGGAGAUGGCCCAUAGACCAUGACCUGUUGCGCUGAGCUUUGGGCUAUUUGAGAAGAUCUGACUGGUAACGCUGGCCAACAGUUACCAGAUAAUCUGCAGGGACCUGGGGUAACUCAGAGCUUAGAGCCACCAAGAGAAAUCUUACAACACCUUGUGCCAGAAUGUGACCCCUUUUAGGCCUGCCUGCUCCCAGGUUUUCACGCCCAUCUGGACUCUUCAUCUACCGCUCUGGUAACGAGCUCCCCCUCAGCUGUCACCUGGGAGGUGAGGUUUGUGCUUUCCAUCUUUAGCAGGAGAGGAAGGUGUGCCACCACACCAUGCCUACCUCCAGUGCCAGGCAAGGGAGCGAUGGUCCUGGUGCAGUUGGGCUUCCGUGUGAGGAAGGGCUUCUGACAGCUCUUUAGUCCUGAGGGGACGGUUGCCUGGGGCUGGUGAAGGAUCCGGGGAAUGGGAGGAUCGGGGAGGCAGUGGGAGCAGGGAAAAGGCCUGUGCAGAGAUGGGAGGGAGAGCGUGGCCAUCAUGGCCAUCGCCAAGGUUUGAGGUUCCCGAGCAGUGAGGGAAGGGCCUGGAGAAGGUCAUGCAUGGCAGGGCUGAUACACGUGUGCCAUGGCCCCUGGUGGCCUCCCUAUCACUUCCCACAGCGCCUUCCAGGGCCGAGAGCUUAGCUCUUAGGCCGUUGACGGAGAUUGUUGCGGAAAUCAGAGCAGGUUUGCUUUUUUCCCCUGCAGUUGGCAAGGAUUUGGAACCAGCUUUUUCAUGCAGAUUAUAUUUGCUGUGACAGUUUUACUUAUAGUCAUGGGACAAACCUCGUUCUUUGUAGUCACCACCUUGUUUCCCCCAAGUUUGUUUUCUGAUUCUUGUAUCCUGUGGAUACCAAAGUUCAUGUGUGUUUGAUCUUCCUUCAGAAUCUAAAGCUGGAAGGAACUGAGGACCUUUCCGAUG